GUUUUCAAACUAGCAUUUUUCUUUGUGCAGAAUCUCGCCUCAAGCGGAGGGAAAUGGAUAUGUGACUCAGUAAAUAACUUCAACGCAUGGCCCGGAGAAGGUCGUCUGUCAAACAAGACUCCAUCUUUGCGGAGGGAACACCUGAAAAGACGGAAGAUGCUUUGGAGGAUUCUGAAAACUGGCCUCGCAGACGGUCGCGAAGGCUCUCUGGACAAUCAACGGACCAGGCCGAAGAACUGGCCUAUCUACAGUCCUUGGCAAACAAACAGAGCUCAAGCAAGGACGAUAAUAACAAUGUAGUGGAUUCUACAAACAAGAACCCGGAACAGACAAACGAGAUGGCGAGAUCUUACGGCAAAUAUGAAGAGUUAAAAGACACGCCAGAUCAUUUAUACGGUCUUGACGGAAGACUUGCGUCAUCAGACGAGGAUGCGGACGUUGAUGUUGGAGUUUCUUUUGAUGAAAAUGACAAUGACAAUGAUUUUGUUACCAAAAUACGAAAUUACGUGCAAGAAUAUUGGAAGACUGGAUUUCUUAUUGUUUUACUGGCUGGAGUUCUGACCGCAGCUCUUGUGCAGGUCUAUAAAUCAAAUGAUCCACCUAAAAACGCUGACGCAGAUCGGAGCUCCGAGACGCUGAGGAAAAUUGAAGAAAAGGUGGACAGAUUGUCGACGGUAUUGCAAGCACUUGCCAAUCAUUCAGACUCGCCCUCCGACAACAAAUCGCUUCUUUCAGAGAAGGCUGUACAGGAUAUUGUUCAGGCAGCCCUGCAAAGGUAUAACGCAGAUAAAGUUGGAAUGGCGGACUUUGCGCUGGAGUCUUCCGGUGCCCAGAUUCAUGAUCCUUACCACAGUGAAACGUACGAUGUUGGUGCAGCCAGAGUGGUAGUCUUUGGUGUCCCGUUAUGGUUAGAUGUUAAACACCCACGAGUGAUACUUCAAUCUGAUAACAGUCCCGGAAACUGCUGGGCGUUUAAAGGUCAACAGGGUUAUGUUGUGAUAAAGUUGUCCAAAAUCCUAACACCAACGGCUUUUAGUUUGGAACACAUCCCCAAGUUGCUCUCACCAACUGGUGAUGGUCGAAUACCAAGCGCCCCAAAGGAAUUCACUGUUUGGGCAUGGAAGGACCCAAUUGGCAACGAAAGAGUUCAGUUAGGAAAUUAUAUCUUUGAUAGUGAUGGUGACUUUUUACAGACAUUUGAAGUUCAGUUUGUCAAAGACACGAUUGCGGUCCAGUACGUGGAACUUCGAAUCCUAAGCAACCAUGGCAACCCAGAGUACACGUGUAUAUAUAGAUUCCGUGUCCAUGGCAACCCACAUUAUUCGUAAACACCAACCAUGAUGGCACAGUCAGUUUUGAUUUCUUUGUCUACUCAGAAGUCAGCCUAGGUUUCUGCUGAGACGUCCCAUUGUAAAUGAUGAAUAUGAUUUGUAAAUUGUAAAUAUAU